CCGGGGGGAAGGGCAGCGUCCCGCCCUUUGGGGCCAUGUUCAGCGUCGGGGAGGGCGGAAAGCGUUCGUUUCUGCCUUUCUGAGCGUAAACAGGCGUUUAAAAUAGACUUUCUCUCCUCCCCAGUGUCAGGUACCUGGAGCUGUUGGGGCACGUGGAGUUGGAAAAUGAGCUGGAAUACGUCUGCAAGGGAGGUAGGAAAUAACCCUGGAGAAAAGGCGUCAGAGUCUCUCCAUAAGGUACCUGGAGCUGUUGGGGCACCUGGAGUUGGAAAAUGAGCUGGGAUACAUCUGAAAGUGAGGUGGCACACAGAUGUAUUUAAAAUGGCGAUGGAUAUAACUUUCCUCGGCACAGGCUCAGCGUAUCCCUCUCCAACACGAGGAGCAUCGGCGUUAGUGCUUCGCCGGGAAGGAGAGUGCUGGCUCUUCGACUGUGGAGAGGGAACUCAAACACAGUUCAUGAAGAGCCACCUCAAAGCAGGCAGAAUUACCAAGAUUUUCAUAACUCAUCUUCAUGGUGACCACUUUUUUGGACUUCCUGGCCUUCUGUGUACCAUUAGCCUGCAAAGUAACCCUGACACGAACAAAUCACCUGUUGAAAUUUACGGACCAUUGGGACUGCGAGACUUCGUAUGGAGGAGUCUGGAGCUUUCCCACUCACAGCUGCUGUUUCCCUACACCGUUCAUGAGCUGGUACCCACACGGGACCAGUGCCCCACAGAAGAAUUCAAAGAUUUUUCUUACUUGGAGCGAGAUGAGGUGUCUCCGCAGGGAGCACAGGGGAGAAUACUCCGCCUGGAUCCCAUAGAAAACUCUUAUUUGCUGUUUGAGGAUGAGCAGCUGGUUCUGAAAGCAUUUCGCCUAUUUCACCGCAUUCCCUCCUUUGGCUUUGUGGUGGAAGAGAAGCCUCGGACCGGUAAACUCAAUGUGCAGAAACUGAAAGAACUUGGAGUUCAACCAGGUCCUUUAUACGGGAAACUGAAGAGCGGAACUACAGUUGUUCUAGAAAAUGGAGUAAUGAUUUCUCCUUCAGACGUCUUAGAAGACCCUAUUCCUGGAAGAAAAAUCUGCAUUUUGGGGGAUUGUUCAGGGGUGGUUGGAGAUGCGGCCGUGAAGCUUUGCUGCGAAGCAGAUGUACUGAUACAUGAAGCCACACUGGAUGAUACCCAGGAGGAAAAGGCCAGAGAGCAUGGUCAUAGCACUCCAAAAAUGGCAUCGGAUUUUGUGAAGUUGUGUAAAGUUAAGAGACUGGUUUUGACUCACUUCAGCCAACGCUAUAAACCAGCUGCUCAGAGAGGCGAGGGGGAUACAGACAUCACCGAACUGAAGAGACAAGCAGAGUUGGCGUUAGAUGGUCAAGAAGUAACACUAGCUGAGGACUUUCUGACAAUAGAAAUUCCAAUGAAAAAGUGAAAAUAGCAGUGUUAUCAAGCUCUGUAUGGAGACAUAAAGGAGGAGGGUGUUAGCACUCAGAAAUAGUGGCUGGGUUUCUGGUAUCUGAAUUAGUUCUCUGGUGGAUGCAGAGAACCACUGCAAACUGGAAGGAAUACCAGGUACAGUUAGCGUUGCUCUUGUAAAGCAAGUUAAAAGGAUGCUGGAACAUCUGAGACUUGGGAUAAAUUCCUAAUUGAUGGUUUUGGACACUUAGCUUCCCCAGAAACCAAACAUGUAGGCUGGCAUAGCCCAGGGGUUUUCCUUGGACCACAGAUUCCUAGAGCAGAACACUGGAUCAUUGGUUUAAUGCAAUCCCUGGAAGAUUUGUGUUAUGCACCAGAAUUUAAUCUUGCCUGUUACAAGCUUUUGAAUAACAUCUAUUUCAAAUGUGUAUACAGUAUCUUGUAACUGUUACUGGAUUUCUGCAUAAGAGGAUCAGUAUGCCAAAGCUAAUAAAGUGCUUAUAACUCUGCCAAGUGUUUGCACCUAGGGUGUUGCUGUGCUCAGGUUGAGGAGCUCUCAUCAUUCUCCCUUUGCAUACAAAGUUUUCUCAUAAAUAAGUAUAGUUUAGGCUUCCUGUCAAAAGUGAAUCAUUCCUGACAACUUGAUUCAUUUAAAGCUCUGAAGUAUGAGCCCUAAGUUUGCAUUCCUGUUUCCUGCAUCUGUACAGUUAUGGAAGUACAUGCUGGAAGUCUUCAGGAAGAUGGCAAAUAGUCUUCCUUAAAGAGUUCCUCCAAGUGCAUUUUCAAAGACAAAUCAUCCUGACAAAAGUGAAUUUCUGUUUGUAGGAAUACACUUACAGGAGGAAUUUCACCUUUGCAGAAACAGGCUGAGCUAUACAAUGACUUUAUAUUUUCAUUUAAGGGACAUGCUGACCAACUUUAUCUUAUUUUCUUCCCACCUCAAAACAAACUUGAAGUUAGCCUUUCCAAAACUUCAGCUCAAUUUUCUAUUCAAACAUAAA